AUGCCGGUCCAGAAACGCGUACCAUGUCAAGUGUGCUCGAAGCAAGAGUCGAAAUACACCUGCGCGCAAUGUUUUAUAUCAUACUGCUCAUUGCCGUGCUACAAGGAACACAAAGGGACUACCUGUGCCCCCCGUGAACUUGAGACGGGAGGCCCUAGUGCACCUUCUAGUGCGCAGCCCUUACAGAAGGAAGACGAAGCGGAUGAUGCUGCACCCCCUCAAGAACCGAGCCUGACGACGCAGCCUCCCCUUCGCCCUCUUACUUCUCUCCGAUGGCCAUACGUAGAGGAAGAGUCCGCGUACCCCGACCCACUGAAGCGUGACGACCCUAAGUCGCUGCAGCUGCAUCAGUACGAAGAAAUAGCCACGUCUCCAGCGAUCCGCCGAGCUCUCGCAUCUCACCCCCAGCUUCCCGAGCUCCUCCGCUCGCUAGACCAGGUGCGAGGGGUCGAUCGUGAAGAGGCGUUGCAGCGCGCUCUUGGCGUUGGUGACCCUUCCAACAGAACUAGUGAAGGCCGCUCGGAGGAAGACAUCCGCGCACUGAGGGAGCUGGCUGAAGCGGUGGAGGCGGCAGUCCGUAGCGGGAAACCAGACGUUCUCGGGUUGGACUGGGGAGACGACACUUAG